CAUCUCCCUCAGGCCCGUCUGCGACUCUGUCCAUCUCCCAAAAGGAAAGGCCGAGCGGCACAAAAACAAAUCCAAUGAAAGAAUUUCAAUCUCAACAAAUUCAACAAACACUCGAACACCAAUAGUCCAUAAAAAUUAAUCCGAAACAUUUCAUAUAAAUUUCGUAAAACUCUCAAAUUCUUCAAAUUUCGGAUUAUCCAAUCGAUCUCUCAGCUGCCCACAUUUUCGUCAGCUUCUCAGUGAUUUCUCCGAUCCGGAAUUGCCGACAUGCAUUGCCAUUUGAUUCAAUUGAUGUAAAUUUUCUUAGUUGGAUUUCGUUCUGGGAGGGUUCUGGAUUUCAGUUAAUGGGUGCUCCUAAGCAGAAGUGGACCGCCGAAGAAGAAGCAGCCCUUAAAGCUGGAGUACUUAAACACGGGGCAGGAAAAUGGCGCACAAUACUUACAGAUCCAGAAUUCAAUACUAUCUUACAUCUGCGUUCAAAUGUUGACCUCAAGGACAAGUGGAGAAAUAUAAAUGUGACCGCAAUAUGGGGUUCUAGACAGAAGGCUAAGCUUGCACUUAAAAGGAACCUACCAACUCCUAAACACGACAACAACCCUUUGGCCGUGAGCACUGUAAUCCAAAGUCAUGAAGAAGUUGUUGACGCUAAGCCUCUUGCCAUUUCUGGUGGAAAGUCGCAGACUAUUGAAUCAAAAGAUUCAAAACAACCAAUUGCCAGGUUGGAUCACCUUAUAUUAGAGGCUAUUACAAAUUUAAAGGAGCCAGGGGGAUCUGACAGAGCUGCAAUUGCUAUGCACAUAGAGGAGCAAUAUUGGGCACCACCAAAACUUAAAAAGUUACUGUCAUCAAAAUUAAAGAAUAUGACAGCCACUGGAAAGCUGAUUAAGGUCAAGCAUAGAUACAGAAUUCCAUUAAGUUCAGCUACUUCUGAAAAAAGAAGAAGCUCUUCAGCGUUGCUCUUGGAAGGAAAGCAGAAGGAUUCAUUAAGAAAAGAUAAGAGUGACAUCAACAUCCUUACUAAAUCCCAAGUAGAUGCAGAUUUAACCAAGAUGAGAAGCAUGACUGCACAAGAGGCUGCUGCUGCUGCUGCACAGGCGGUAGCAGAGGCAGAGGCUGCCAUUGCAGCAGCUGAGGAAGCAGCAAGGGAGGCGGAGGCGGCAGAAGCUGAAGCAGAAGCAGCACAAGUUUUUGCCAAAGCAGCAAUGAAAGCAUUGAAAUGUAGAAAAAUUGACCUUGACAUGAAACUCACACAUGGGUAACUCAUUCUUGAGCAAGAACCAUGCGCGUGGGAUGACGAUACGCUGGGGCAGCGAUGUCUUCAUGUGUCUGUAGUGUAAAUAGGUUGGGAUUGUAUAUUUGGAACGUGGGAGCUUCGUUUCUGAACUUUCUUUCUUCUGUCUUUUUACAGGUAUCAUUUUGUAAGGAGCUUAUAGGUUUUCUGAUUCUGAGAGUUAAACGAUGAGUAAACACUAGCUAAGGGAAGAGUUUUUUCAUGCCAAGGUAGAUAAAUGAUGCCGCAUUUGCAGUUGCUGUUGUAUAAGUGCAUGGGAAAAUUACGAUACUUAGAAAAUGCGAUAUGUCAAUUGAAAUGUGAGAUGUUUGUCUCUCUGAAGGGAUCUGGUUCAAAGGAAAGUCUAAACU